AUGUGCGUUGCCGAUGUUCUCCCCGACUUUUCCGACUGGUCUCCUACCCCUGGUUACGAGUGCAUCGAUGUGACGGCGGCAAAGGAAUUUAUGCUCCUCGCUACCGUCGAUAAAGCACGGGUAUAUACGUCUAUAUCUAAACAUGGGGAACGGCCGGGAGAUUGGGAUGGUGUCAAACACAGAGCCUAUAUUCAUUCUCAGGCGAAACAGACCCGCGACUGGGAAGUGGAAGUUUACGACAGCCUGAGAGCGCAUCAGGGCCAACACAUCCGGCGUUUCUACGCUUCAGUCAAUCACUACACUGACCCGACUAGCGCUGAGCCGUUUGGAGACUCACCCGAGCUCCUCACAGUACCAGGCGUCUUGGUCGAACGUGUGGACGGCUUUCGGCUUUGGGAUCUUUGCACGCAAACUGACGAAUCAGAAUGGUACAGCGUUGUCGAAGGCGCGAUCAAGGCGAAACAAGCAUUUGUGAACCACCAGAUAAAGCUGGCUAGCUAUGAUGCACAGCCGGCGAAUAGAAUGGGAGGCGUCCUUAAAAUGCUGCAAUCAGUUCUCAACAUGAUGGAACCGCCUGAGAGGUGUGAGACCCCCUCCCAGAAAGCGCGUGUAGACAAAUUGGUUGAGCGUACGAUGAGGGCAAUUGGCAACAGGGGCCACGGAUUAAACUACCACUUGCGUCCAGAUAAUAUGCUUGUCGUCCGGGACAAGGCUGCAGAAGGGGGAUACCGGUUUGUCAUGGUUGACUUUUCGGCCAUGGCGGAGAGUGUGAGAUCAGGGAUGGGCGAUUUUGGGUACGAGUGA